CUGUCAACAUGGACUCCAUUAGAGGCUCACAAAAUUAUUUAAUUGAAACAGCUAUACAACACAUAUCAGAGUCAGUGUUUGUGGGAUUGUGCCAUAAAUUGGGGACCUCAGAACUGGUGGCAAUGUCGCGCGAUAUGAUGGACCUCGAGGAUAUGGUGGAUAAUCUAAUAGCAAGUGAUGGGAUCAGUGUGAUGGUGAGUGGAAGUCUAAGAGAAGGAUUAAGAUUGAAAGGAUCAGAUUUAGACUUUAUGGGCUGGCCAAAUAAACACCGCGUGAUCUGGGAAUUAUCUCAGUCUCAGUAUUACAACACACACAGACAAACACUGAUCCUCUGUGACUGUUCUGAUAGUCCACCAGGAUUCACUUUGUUAUAUUUACUGUCACCUAACAUGAACAGACAAGUCCAGGGAGCUUGUGUUAGAAUGAAUAAGAGACUUUAUAUAUCUAGUUCUUUAUAUAGACAGAUCAUGUGUUCUGAAUCAAUAAGAAAGUCAACUCAACAUGGACCUUGUGCCAGUGGAAAACUUGGAACACUAGAUAUUGAUACUGCCUACUGUUUUGUUAGUGACUUUUGGCCUCCACCUGCCUACUCAUGGAUAGACAGAUGUCACUCAUGGCCCAAGCCUCAUGUAGUUGAUGAUAUUGUAAAGAAUGGAUGUCACUUUGUAGCAAUAGGACAUAAGCUAGGAAGACAUGAAGAUUAUGAAUGGAGAGUUUCUUUCUCUCUGGCAUAACAAAAACUUGUGUAUGCAAUGAACCACUGUCAAUUUUUAACCUACGGCUUACUUAAACUGUUUUUAACAGAAAUAAUAAACAAUGGACUAAGUGAUGAUGAUAAAUUACUGUGCUCCUAUUACAUGAAGACCGCAGUUUUCUGGGUGAUACAACAAAAUACAAUCCCUCACUGGUGUCCACAAAAUCUCCUGGGAUGUUUCUGGGUCUGUUUUAAACUCAUCCUCAAAUGGGUGUAUGAGGGGGUCUGUCCUAACUUUUUCAUUCCAGAUAACAACAUGUUUUUGAGCAAAAUCCAUGGCAUCAAACAACAUCAACUAUUUAUAAGACUGUAUGAGUUGUAUGAGAAGGGUUUAGCAUUCCUGCUAUACAGUCCCUCCAAUAGGCCUUAUAUUAUAAAUGUCCUUCAUAAACCUAGACUCUCCAUCUGUACAGAUAAACUGACUCUGAUUUCUGAGGCUGAGUUUGAUAUAUACCUAUACAAUGAAAUAUUAAGUCAUAACACAUUAAACAAAUUGUACAUGCAAGGCUGUAUGAGAUAUCUACAUAAAAUAGAACAGAUGAUAGGUUCACCCCUCCUGACAAAGUAUCAAGUCCUAUUGCUACAGAGACUUACAGCUUCUGUCCUUCAGUACACUGCUUUUAUAUUACACAUGAAAACUUGCAUACAUAAAAACAAAUUGAUGUACAUAGCUGACAAAAUCUCCUGUCACAUGCUGAAAUUAGCAGCCAAGUUUGGUUGUAUUACUGACAUGCUGUACACAGCAAUGUAUUAUUACAAGACACUUAGAUACAAGGAAGUUUUAUCUAUUGUAAAGGGGAUCAAAGUCAUAUUAAAACAGCCAUAUGUGAUUUAUUGGGAUAAUGUAGAUAGAGAGAUGUAUACUGAGGCUGUACGGGGGCAGUCCUGGUCUACAAAGAUAAGACAGGCUUUAGCACGGGACAUCAAACUUAUCAAUGAAAUCCAUUACAUCAGUGAAUUGAUACCAGAACAACAGUCUGAUCUAAACAACCAUAUUUCUGAAUUAUCUGUCCCACCCUAUAUACUGUUAUACAUGCUAGAGAUCUUGUGUUACAGACAUGUAGACAAAAUGAGAGCACAAACAGCUCUAGAUGAUCUACAGACCUUAGUUCACUAUGAUCAGGGGCAGCUUAUAGAAUUAGAUUACAGAGACAUAUCGUGGCAGAUUCUAGGGAUCUGUCAACAGAUGACAGGGAACCUCCAGGCUGCUCUAUACUCAUACUCUCAGACAAGAACCAAUUCACAAAAUGCAAACAGCUACAAUUAUCAGAAUUAUUAUAUUAUUGUACAAACUUUAUUUCAGUUAAUUUUUGUUUGUAAACUUAUUUAUAUGAAUGAUAUAUAACAAGGCAGAUUCUGUCAGAAGGUGACAGGGAACCUCCAGGCUGCUCUAUCCUCACACAGCAGUCACUCAAACAAAGACUAUUCCAUAAA